CAGGCUGACCGAGGGGUCCAAGUCGGGUGACGGCGGGGAACGGCGGGGCGGAGAAAACGCCAUGGCGGAUGAUGAGAAUGUGAGAAUAUGGGAUGCCUGGAAUCAGGAGAUCACAGGCACCAUUGAUCCCUGGGAUCACUGGGACAAGGUGAAAGAACGAAAGGGCUUCCCAGGAGGCUUGAUCGCCUUCCUCCAGACAAGUACUGACAGUGAGGGCUGCGGAUUUCAGCAGCCGACCAUUGUGCAGGCUUAUGCAUGGCCCGUCCUGCAGUCUGGAAAAGAUUUAGUUGGUGUUGCCAAGACAGGCAGUGGAAAGACCUUGGCCUUUCUGUUGCCGGGCUUUGUGAAGCUGAGGAAGCUGAAGCGCGCUAACGAGGUGGACACCAAGCGCGGGCCUGCCCUGUUAUGCAUCACUCCCACGCGUGAGCUGUGUCACCAGAUCUACUCGGAUACGGAGAAGUUCGGCCAGCCAGUUCAGCUCACCGCUGCGUGCGCCUACGGUGGAGCCAAUCGAAGGGAUCAAGAGUGGGCCAUCCAACAAGGCCCUGACUGCCUCAUCGCCACCCCCGGGCGUUUGAACGACUUCGUUCAGAAGAAGAACGUCUGGCUGGACCAGGUGAGGUUUUGCAUCAUCGACGAAGCCGACCGGAUGCUGGAUAUGGGCUUCGAGCCACAGAUCAAGCAGAUCCUGGACGAGGUGCCCUGGAGCGAGCGGCAGACCUGCAUGUUCACAGCGACCUGGCCACAGGAGUGCAAGAAAUUGGCGGAAACUUACAUCAGGGACCCGGUGCAGAUCCAAAUAGGUUCGGGUGAGAUCACCACGAACAAGAACAUCGUGCAGCAUGUGAAGAUGGUGGAUGCUGAGGGUGAUAAGAUCACUGCGUUGAAAGAGAUCCUGAAGGCUUUGCCGCAAGGGGGCAAUUGCCUGGUGUUUUGCAACUCCAAGAAGAAGUGCGGCAAUGUGGUUUGGGACUUGGAGGGCGACACGGAAUUAGGCAUGACCGCCGUGGAGCUGCAUGGCGACCUCGAUCAAAAGCAGAGGGAUAGCGCGCUCUACAGAUUCAAGCAGGGAGAGGUGCGCGUGCUCGUGGCGACCGACCUCGCGUCGCGUGGUUUGGACGUGCGGAACUGCGCGGUGGUCGUGAACUUUGAUGCCCCCAAGUCUGCAGAGGAUUAUGUGCACCGCAUCGGACGCACAGGUCGUGCCGAAGAUUCAGGGGAGGCCUAUACUUUGCUGAUGAAGUGGGGCAACGAGACGGAGGCCAAGAACAUCGCCAUGAUCAUGCGCAAGGCCGCAGCGGAAGUACCGGCUGAUGUAGAGGCCUUAGAGAAGGCCGCUGAGGAGUGGAAUUCCAAGGAUUCCAAGGAGGAAUCCUGGGGCGAGAAUGGGAAGCAGGAAGAGAGCUGGGACAAAGACAAGAACGGCGCCAACGAAUGGUCGAAAGAGGAGGGAAAAUCCGACAGUUGGUCAAAGGACGACUGGUCAAAGAAGGAUGAAUGGUCCAACAACAACAACAAGGAUGAAUGGUGGAAAAAGGAUCAGAAUGAAUCCAAGGACUGGUGGAAGAACGACAAGGGCGAGAAUGGGGGUUGGAAGAGGUCAGCAGACGCACAUGAGGACCAGCCAGCUUCCAAGGUCCAAGCCACUGGGAAUGUCUAUGCCAGGUAACCGAGCUCUUUCAGGGCCAGGUUUCUGCAGGGUGCUCGGGCGGUCGAUGUCCGUGUUCAGGCGGUGUUUGGGGAACCACUCCAGCUGAGAGUGCACCAAUGAUUUCAAUGCACGGGCCUGAACAAGCGUGCUCAAGCUGUGGUCUUCUGUAUCGAUGGUUUGAACAUGUUUGAACCUCAG